UGUUUAGCCUCAAGAAUGGAAAUUGUCAUAAAUAAAUGGUUGUUUUAUAUUUUAAAAUAUCAAAUAUAUGGUAGAAAUCACUUUAACAAUCUACUCAAACCGUUUCAUUUCCAUAUCAAAUAAGUAACUAUGCCUGAGAUUGAAACAUUUAAAGUUCAAGAAAACCAUAUAAAUAUUUUGUAUGCAUUAAUUUCAGUUGCUUUUUCAUGGAGUGUUGGUUGGUUUGGAUUUAGCUGGUCGUGGGUUAUUGGAUUUUUCAUUUUUGUUUUAUUGUGGAAAAAUAAUCUGAGGGAGAAAAAUCUGUGUUAUGCUCUCAUGCAAAUUAUCUAUAACAACAAUAAUAAAGAUAUUCAAAAAAAUGAUCAAGAUCUAAUCAACAAAAACAAAAUAAGAAGUGCACCUUCGUGGGCAUUUUUUCCAGAUGUUGAAAGAGCAGAAUGGCUGAAUCAGAUGAUAAAACAGUUCUGGCCUUUUAUUUCAAAAAUAAUGGAAGAUUUUUUAAAGACAAAAGUAGAACCUGAUAUGAAAAUGAAACUUCCAUCAACAAUCAAGUCUCUUAAAUUCAGUAAAACUGAUUUGGGAAACAGACCAAUCAGACUUGGAGGUAUAAAGGUAUACUCAGAACAUGUACCUCCAAAUCAAAUUAUUGCUGAUAUGGAAUUAAUAUAUGCUGGGGAUGCGUUGAUAGAACUGGCACUGGACAAUGGUAUUUCUGGUGGUAUAUCAGAUAUUCAGAUUCAUGGAACAAUGCGUAUUGAAAUAACUCCUUUACUGUCAAAACUCCCAUUGAUUGGUGGAAUUUCAUUAUAUUUUAUUGAGACUCCAGAGUUAAAUUACAAUUUUACCAAUUUGUUAAAUAUUCUUGAUGUACCUGGAAUCAGCCAAAUUGUUAAUAGUUUACUAAAAGAAGCUUUGGAAAGUUUUGUUGUUUUUCCUAAUCGUGUAAAGAUUCCGAUUGGCAAUCCAACAGAUAUUGAAACUUUCAGGUUUUAUUAUCCAAAGGGAGUAUUAAAGAUUGACAUUUUGGAAGCAAAGAAUCUUAUUGGGAAAGACACAAAUUUAUUUAAAGAUAAAACAUCUGAUCCAUAUGUUCUCACAAAGGUGGGAUCAAAAGUUGUUCAUAAAACUCCUGUAAUACAAAAAUCUCUCAAUCCAAAAUGGAACAAAGAAUCAGUUUCGAUAUUCAUUCAAAUUGUAAUUGGAAAAAAAAUAAAAUUUGAGCUAUAUGAUUCUGACGCCAUAAAAGAUGAUGAGAUAGGAAGUACAUCUUUAAGCUUAGAAAAAGUAGUUGGUUCUAGCUUUACUGAUCUGUGGCUUUCUCUCGAUAAUUCUACAACAAGUGCACUUCAUAUUAAUUGUGGUUGGUUUAAUUUGAGUAACAAUGUUGACGAUUUAAAAAAACAAGAAGAAUGUUGUUUGGUGGUUCUACUUGAUCAUGCCAUGAAUUUAAAUGUUGCAAACAAAAAUAGCGCUAGUGCAUAUGUGGAAAUAACAGUGAACAACACAACUCUUAAAUCAAAGACUCAACGCAAUACAAAUCAUCCAGUGUGGGAGGAGACGUUUUCAUUUUUUCUCGGCAAUGUUUUCAAGGAUAUUGUCAAACUCAGAGUUUUUGAUGAGAACGAAAACAAACCUCUUGGAAAGAUUGAUUUUGCUGUUUCUGCACUUACAGAUCUCCCUGACAUGCGUCUGAAACAAAACUUUACGCUAAAGAACUCUUUUGAAAAUUCACAGAUAUUUAUGUCUCUUGAGUUGAAGGCAUUGGUUCCUCCAGUUUCUUCAAAAUAAGCAAAAUCGUUUAACCAAGAUUUAUAUAGUUAUCAAUUUAUGGUUAUUAAACUUUUUUAGUAAUUAGAAGUUUAACCUUUCGAUAGAAAAUUUUUGUUAUUAGAAUCAUUUAGAAUCUAUUUAAACUUAAUUGUUUGCAAUCGUUGUACUUUUUCAUCCAAUCGUUGUGCUUUUUCAUCCAAUCGUUGUGCUUUUUCAUCCAAUCGUUGUGCUUUUUCAUCCAAUCGUUGUGCUUUUUCAUCCAAUCGUUGUGCUUUUUCAUCCAAUCGUUGUGCUUUUUCAUCCAAUCGUUGUGCUUUUUCAUCCAAUCGUUGUGCUUUUUCAUCCAAUCGUUGUGCUUUUUCGAGUUCUUUAGAAGUUUUUCAGAUUACGAUUAGUUUUUAUCCGAUAACGUUUUUAUUAUAGUAUUUUAUUUUUGGGGUGUUUUUUGGUGUAUAACCUUUGUUAAAUGCAAGGAGUUACAGAGGAAGGUGAAAAAACAGUCUACUUAAAAAAUAGUUUGUUAAGCUAUCUAGAAAAAUGUUUCUGAAAAUGAAGUUUUUUUUUAUUCAAAAUUUA